AUGGCCUCCGAUAAUGCCCCUGACAACUCCACUAAGCCCCUUAACAAUUUCUCCUCCACCGACUCCAACACCGACGUCGACAUCGGUCGCUAUGGUCCUUUAGCACAUGUCAAUACUGCAGAAAGUCGGCUGCCAGCCUUCGGCGGCGAGUUCCAGCCGGGUCUGUACAGGUCUCCCAAGAAUCGCAAGAUUGCCAACCCUGCUCCUUUGGGACUCUGUGGGUUCGCUUUGACUACAUUUAUUCUGGGAUGCGUCCAGAUGAAUGUUCGGGGCGUGAACAAGCCAAAUAUGAUUGUUGGUCCUGCGCUGGCCUAUGGUGGGCUUGUUCAGCUUUGCGCCGGGAUGUGGGAGAUGGCUAUUGGGAAUACUUUUGGUGCAACGGUCCUCUCCUCCUAUGGUGGUUUUUGGAUCUCCCUCGCCAUUACUUUCAUUCCUGGCGGGUUCAAUAUCGAAGAGGGCCUUCUGGAGGCAGACAAAGGCUCGCCUAUUAUGUUCUAUAAUGCCUUCGCAUUGUAUCUCAUGGGCUGGUUCAUCUUCACGUUUCUGGUCAUGUUGUGCACUGUGAAGUCGACCGUCGCUUUCUUCUCCCUCUUCUUCGUCGUCGAUCUCGCUAUACUUCUUAUCGCCCUUGGAUACUUCUACCCGACCGCAGAGGGCCUUCCCAAUUCCAAGCUCCUAGAAGCAGGUGGACUGUUUGCCCUCCUGGGUGCAUUCUUGGCUUGGUAUAAUGCAUUUGCUGGAAUUGCGGAUAACAGUAAUAGUUUCUUCCUCGUUCCUGUGAUUCAUUUCCCUUGGUCAGAGAAGAAGCGGAAUGAGAGACGGGCAAACAAGCAGGAUAGCAAUGCUUGA